AUGGUGAUUUGGAUAAGUCACUUAAAAGCAAGUUGUCCUAAAUUGCCCAUCCGUCGAUCCCAGAGACUGAGUCGUCCUAAAUCACCCAAUCCGUCGAUCCCAGAGACUGAGCAUCUCCCUAAGGCAAGAGUCAACGUUGUCACUGCUGUCGAUGUCGAUAACUUCUGGUUGUUCGAAUCCUAUCCGAGAACAGGACCCCUCUUUCGAAAAAUCAACCCUCAAUGGAUACACAAAGUCGAAGAGAAUCGAGUGCACUUAUCUAGCGGCAAGAGUGAUUCUGGGUUGGCUUCUUCUCAAGGGGAAGAUUAUACCUUUGUCUCUGAACUAGCGCACGUCAGCCGUAUCUGCCGUCGUUUCCCCAAAGAAGAAUCACGACAUCUGUCCGCUUGGGGCUCGUUGUUUGUCAACAUCUCGCUCAUCCCCAAGGAACGUAUGGAUGUCUUUGCGAGUGAUGUCUCGCUCGCUGACGUCUGCGUCGUUGGAAAGGCUUGGAGGGAUGGCCCUACUUAUCGGUGUUUCUUGGGGUUGCAUGCGCUGUAUAGAUCACCAUCGGCGACGCCAUCUUUCAGCGCUGAGUUAGACGUGACCGGUCAAGGUGAGGGUGAGGGCGUGCCCUCGUCGUCGAAACGUUCCAGAUCCCAAUUCGAAGCUUCACUCAAAUUGGCAGGUCUCAAACGACCUGAUUGGUCUUGGAAAAUCUACGGACCUGCGGUGAAUCCUCAACUCGCCGACGGGCAACGGCAGCAAGACGUCACCGAAGCACUCACAUCUCAAGAUGUUACAACACGUUUUAGCUUCAAGUCGUUGUUCCGUCUGGCGCCCAAACCUCUCCGACCAACCUCUCCGACCAGCUCUGCGGAACCUUCUUUCGCAACAGUCCCUGCACACCAGGUCAUCACAUCUGCCACCACACUCGCUCCGGAGAUCACUCCCACGGCUAUCAGCUCUGCGGUUCAGACCACGGCCCAAGUCAUCUCACCCUCACCGACCUGCCUCGUCGCGGCCGUGGGUGAAAUCAAACCUCUCGACAUAUGCCUCGGUGAUCUCUUACCUACGCUCAUCCCUCGUCCUGAUUCCAAUCCCGAUACCCAUAUCACCACACCUCUAGCCCUCGACGAAACCACCUUUCGCACAAGGAUGAUUCAUCCCAACACGACCUCCAUCGUUCAGAGGCAAGACAUGUCACCUUCCCCGGCCCCACACGGCAAGAUUCUUCUCCGCCAUGACAAGCAGACCAAGCAGAACAUUCAGCAAUUGCGCGAUAUGUUGGGGAAAGGGUGGGGACAGUGUUUCAUGUACCUUGUCCAGUGCGGAGAAAUCAUAGGACGUAUACGGUCUGAUAAGCCCUUGGAACCUUUGGUCCAUCCGACGUCUAUCUCUCUGCCCGCCCCUGCGUUCGGAGCAAAGGGGGACUCUCCCGCCAGAAUCUGGACCGAUCUCAUGAACUCGUUAGCUUUCGUACCUGUCCAAGCGACCUCUGAUAGGGAAAUGAUGAGAGCUGUUGUCGAAGCACGGAACGAGUUGAACAGAGUUUGGAAGUGCGUUUAUCCUGGUACACCGAUAACCCCUUCGACAGACGCAACGACUCUAGACUUUGUAUCGGCAAUGCCUGGAGAGGCCGAGUGGCAGGAGGGAGAGGAGGCAUUAGUGGAUGAACAGGAUCGUAACAAGAAAAAGAAGAAAAAGAAGAUGGAUAGGUCAAACGAUGCGACAGGGAGGUAUGAUCGGGAUGAUCACGGCGAUGGUGGACCAGGUGGUGGUGUGGACGCAGCUGUGAAGGACGCGAAUCCAGAUGGCGGACGGGGUGGUGCUCGUCUCCAAGACGACUUUGGUGAAAGAGAUGAGUCUGGUGAUCACAAAGAAUCUCACCACGGCGGCGGUACUAGUGAUAAAGCUGGGGAUACCGACGUGUACCACACAUCAAAGGGUUCCAUCGUCAGCGACGGUGGUCAACCAGGGUCAUUUGUGUUGCACAAAGCUGGGCAAAGUUUAAAGAGCAAUACAGAUACCCAUGACGUCAACACAACACGCUCAAUGAAUCAUUACCACCUCCCUCCUCCUUUGCUAUCAUCAUCCAUUCCCACUGUAUCCAGUUGGUCAAUCCCCACACCUGACGCUCCUGGUACUCCUCACUCCUCCAGAUCACCUCGCACAAGCAUGGUUGCAUCUUCUCCCUCACGAGGACAAGGUCAACGUGAGACGGGUAGCGCGCAUGAGGUAUUCGGCAAGCAAAUGACAUUUUCAGAGCAGGAAUGCGACCAAUCUCUACGGCUGAGCGGCCCAUCACAAUCAUCGUUCGAAGUGGAACAUGAUGCAGUGGGUUUUCGUGAGAACGAGAACGGACAAGAGGUUUUUCAUCGUCAUUUGAAACUCGAAAAAAAGCUUCUCGGGACUCAAGGAACUUUUAAACAACCUUGGACCGAUUCGCUCGUACACGGACUCGAUGUGAUCAAUCAACAAGUGAACGGAGUCAGAAACAACACUACCGGUGACCUUGACACCAACGUCGAGCAACGUCAUGUGACCGACGCGGAAAUGAGUGACACUCAAGACAGUGCAGAUUCGGAUACUGAAGAAUACGAUGACGAGCCUUUGAGUGACAUGAUGAUAGCCACGCUUAAAGCAAUGAAUUGGUCGGUCGUGCCUCUGAGUAAGGAAGAUAUGGACAAGUUGAUAGAUCAAGGUGUCGGGGAAACGAGGUGA